GGCUCAGUCAUAAUGCUAGCACAUUCCCCUGGGUUGAGUUUGAGAGAUUUGAGAAAAUGGUUCUGAAAAUGCAAAGUGCCUAAAUCUACGGUGAAAAAAGAGCAGCUUGCAUAAGUAAUUCCAGCCCCUCUCCCCAAUGCGACGGAGUCGGAGUGACUCUAGUAGUGUGUUGACAAUUGAAAUUCGCAAAAAUAGAAACCUCUGGAUGAACAGUUCUCCAUCUUGUAAAUAUUUAUUGAGCAAAAUGUCCUCCUCCUCUCCCGACAUCCCGCAAAACGACGCUGCGCAAACCGCAGUAGACAUGGAGACAUCAACAGAAGACGACUUGCAACGCAUUUGCGACACUCUACGCCGUCUCUACGAAAAAGAAAAUGGUGGAGGCAGUAGCAAGUCUUCGGCUCGCAGUGGAGGGUUUGGAGGUUGCGGUCUGGUCAUGGACGAUAAAAUCGAGCUCACACCUCUCGAUGUUGGAGAUUUGAAUGUGGUCAAUACGGCGUUGUACGAAAGGGACACUUCCAAGGUCUCUUCUGCUCAACUCGACUUCCCGUUACUCGAUCUGACACAACCAGUUCAGAAACAUCCGCCACUGCGCAGUGUCCGCUUUGUAGAAGAGAAAAACGAUGACCAAGUUGACAAAGGCAUAGACAUCAAAGACAUCUCGUCAAGUAGAACACCUUCCUGCACCGUCUCCUCAUCUCUCUCUCAGAAAGCAUCUUCAUCAUCUUCUUCAUCUCCACCAAUUCCAAGUACAUCAAUGUUUCACAACAAGAUCCGCUACCUCGCACGUCUCUUCCGCCAAUUCAAAGGGAGAGUGGUGGUUCACACAGGUGCCGGGAUUUCUACGAAUGCGAAAAUCCCUGAUUUCCGUGGACCUCAAGGAUUGUGGACUUUGGCAGAGAAAAAAGAGAAACAACAACAACCUCCACCGACACCUGGUACUACUACUUCUUCCUCUAAGGCACCGCUUAUACCUCGUUUCGAAUCAUGUGAACCAACUUUGACCCAUCACGCAAUCACGAAGCUAGCACAAACUGGCUUCGUAUCGCAUGUAGUAACGCAAAACAUUGAUGGUUUGCAUACACGAGCCAACUUGCCAGAAGCAUUGUUGAGCGAACUUCAUGGCUGCGUGUUUCUAGAAGAAUGUAGGAACUGCGGAAUGCGCUAUAGGAGAAACUUUGAUGUCUGUAGGAAACGAGUGAAGACGACCCACUCGAACUCCACAACAUCUGAUGCAACAGGACCUACAACUACUGCAUCAAGCUCAACAGUUAAGGCUCAGCUUUCAAUGGUCAUUGGGGUUGGUCACUGAGAUCCCUCUUGAGGAAAGAUGGGGGGAAAAUGAAGGAAAAGCAAAGGGAGAGGCAUGGGGCCCAUUUCUUUCAGAGUCAGUGACCAUUGAAUGCUGAGCUUUAAAACAGGACCUACAACUGCAUCAACAGCCACUCUCGAAGGAGGCAACAAACAACUCCACUCUACUGGUCGUGACUGCGAGUCCUGUGGUCGUGCUACGGCUUCCCUAACAGAUACAAUCGUGCAUUUCGGAGAAUCCUUGCGCGAUUUAGACAAGGCAAAAGCUGCAUGCGCAGGUGCAGACCCAUUUAGUGGACCAGGAGAGCAGGACAAGCUUCAUUUGGUCCUAGGAAGUUCGCUUUCGGUGGCACCAGCAAAUACAUUGCCACAGUACAAGGUUGGAACCUGUCUCGUCUCCACGCAACCAACCGCAUGCGACAAGAAGUGCGUCCAGCGCGGUGGCUUCUUGUUGAGAGCGGAUGCAGAUUUGGUGAUGGGAGAAUUGUGUAAGAUUUUGGAACUUGUUCCUUCUACUGGUGACAUAGCUAGUACAUCUAGUACACGUGAUCAUGUUGAGGCUGAGGUUGAUAGCAUUCAUCCUCAAGGUGACGACACUGAGCAAGAAGGGGAGAGUAUAUUUGACCGCCUUGCUAGACCACCACAGGUGAAACAACAACCUGCGAAAGGACACCUGAUUGUGCUUGGGGCUGAGGAUAUUGCGGGAUAGCGUUUGCGAUUUGAACCGUUUGUAUAAUGAGAAUGAUUUAAAAAGGCUGCAUUCAACAUCGACGCAACCUCGCUAAGCGGGUCAAAGUGAUUCCUUCCUCCUGAC